CGGCGGCGGGGGGGUCCCGGCGGGUCCCGGUGCCGCUGGGUCCCGGCCGUCCCGGCGGUGCCGGUGCCGCUCCCCGCCAUGGCCAAGUGGCUCCGGGAGUACCUGGGCCGGGGGGCCCGGCGCUCCCCCCCGCGCCCGCCCCAGCCCGACUACAGCGGUCCCGGGGGCCCCGCCGCCGCCGCCCCCGGAGCCGCGCUCCGCGGCCCCGCCGCCUCCCCGCGCCACCGCCUCGUGCGGGUGGGGGGCGCGGGGCCGGGGGGCGGCCCCCGCCGCCUGCAGCAGGGCCCAGGUGAGAGCGAGUACUCGGAGCCCUUCGAGGGGGAGCAGGACCCGGCGCCCGAGGGCGGCUGCGACGAGGAGGCCACAGGGUGCCAGCGGCAGGGCGAGGGCCGGCGGGUGCGGCCGCGCCGGGGUCCCCAACUCUACGACACCCCCUCCGAGGAGUGGGACACGGCCGGGGACAGCCCGGGGGGGCCCCCGGCCCGCGAGAGCCGCCUCCCCCGCGACGACGAGCGCCCGGCCGACGAGUACGACCAGCCCUGGGAGUGGAAGAAGGAUCACAUCUCACGGGCGUUCGCAGUGCAGUUUGAGAGCCCCGAGCGCUCCCCCAGCCUGUCCCGGCCGCUGCCGCGCUCCCCCCGCGCCCCCGGCGGCCCCCGGCCCGCCUGCCCCCCCAGCCCCAGGCACGUGGACACCUCGCUGCCCCUGGAGAAGCAGGCCUGGUACCACGGCCCCAUCGGGCGGGCGGGCGCCGAGACGCUGCUGGCGCUGUGCCGCGAGGGCAGCUUCCUGGUGCGGGACUGCGAGACCAGCCCCGAGGACUACUCGCUGUCCCUCAGGAGCAGCCAGGGUUUCGUGCACGUGAAGCUGACGCGGACCCGGGAGCAGCACUUCACGCUGGGCCGGGCCGGGGCCGCCUUCCCCUCGGUACCGGCGGCCGUGGGGCACUACACGGCGCGGGCGCUGCCCGUGCGCGGUGCCCGCCACCUGUCCCUGCUCUACCCCGUGGCCGUGCAGCCCCUGUGAGCCCGCGACCCCCGCCCGCGCCCCCCGCCCCAUUAAACCGCCGUGUCACACCGGG